GAAAUUUUGAAGAUAAAUUGUACUGAAGAGAUUGAGAGUCUGCCCAAACCGGAGAUGACUACCAAUCGUUUGGAAUCAAAUGAUCACGAGAAGUCCUCUAAGGAAACUAGUAGUGAUAGUCAUACAAAUGCACCAGUGAUCCCGGAAGAAAUUUUGAAGAUAGAUUGUACUGAAGCGCUUGAAAGACUGCCCAAACCGGAGAUGACUACCAAUAAUUUGGAAUCAAAUGAUCACGAGAAGUCCUCUAAGGAAACCAGCAGUGAUAAUCAUACAAAUGCAUCUGUAAUCCAGGAGAAGGAGAUACAGAACACUAAUUCUAUUAAAGAGGCUGGAGGUCCACCUGAACUGGAAAUGACUGAAAGUGAACUUCCACGCUUAAAUGAAGAAAGAGGUCAUCAAGGUCCUUCAAUGGCAGAAAAUAAAGAAGCUAAAAUGACCAAGGGAGCAGCCCACCUCGAGGGAACAGUACAGAAGCCAGUUGCUGAGGAAACCAGUACCAAUAAUCAUACCAAUGCAGCACCAAUGAUCCCGGAGGAGAUUUUGAAGAUAGAUUGUACUGAAGAAACCGAGAGACUGCCCAAACCGGAGAUGACUACCAAUCAUUUGGAAUUAAAUGAUCACGAAAAGUCCUCUAAGGAAACUAGCAGUGAUAAUCAUACAAAUGCAUCUGUAAUCCAGAAGAAGGAGAUACAAAACACUGAUUCUAUUAAAAAGGCUGGAGGCCCACCCGAACUGGAUAUGACUGAAAGUGGACUCCCACGCUUAAAUGAAGAAAGAGGUCCUCAAGGUCCUUCAAUGGCAGAAAAUAAAGAAGCUAAAAUGACUGAGGGAGCAGCCCACCUCGAGGGAACAGUACAGAAGCCAGUUGCUGAGGAAACCAGUACCAGUAAUCAUACCAAUGCAGCACCAGUGAUCCCGGAGGAGAUUUUGAAGAUAGAUUAUACUGAAGAAAUCGAGAGACUGCCCAAACCGGAGAUAACUACCAAUCGUUUGGAAUCAAAUGAUCACGAAAAGUCCUCUAAGGAAACCAGCAAUGAUAAUCAUACAAAUGUAUCUGUAAUCCAGGAGAAGGAGAUACAGAACACUGAUUCUAUUAAAAAGGCUGGAGGUCCACCCGAACUGGGUAUGACUGAAAGUGAACUUCCACGCUUAAAUGAAGAAAGAGGUCAUCAAGGUCCUUCAAUGACGGAAAAUAAAGAAGCUAAAAUGACCGAAGGAGCAGCUCACCUCGAUGGAAUAGUACAGAAGCCAGUUUCUGAGGAAACCAGUACCGGUAAUCAUACCAAUGCAGCAUUAGUGAUCCCGGAGGAGAUUUUAAAAAUAGAUUGUACUGAAGAAACCGAGAGGCUGCCCAAACCGGAGAUGACUACCAAUCGUUCGGAACCAAAUGAUCAUGAGACGUCCUCUAACGAUACCAAUCGUUUGGAAUCAAAUGCAGCAUCAGUGAUCCCGGAGGAGAUUUUGAAGAUAGAUAGUACUGAAGAAACCGAGAGACUGCCCAAACUGGAGAUGACUACCAAUCGUUUGGAAUCAAAUGAUCAUGAAGCGUCCUCUAACGAAACCAGGAGUGAUAAUCAUACAAAUGCAUCUGUAAUCCAGCCAAUUGCUGAAGUGGAAUCAGAUGUCAAUAAUGUUGUUGAAAGCGAGUCCAGAAAUUUCACUAUCAAUGAAGUCAGCAACUUUGAUGUGUCUAAGGCAGUAAACGAAAAGAGCGACUCAACCCCCAGUGUUAAUUCCAUCGAAAGAGAGGCAACACCUGAUCUUUCUGAGAAGCCAAUUGAGAAUGAGAGGGAAAUUCCCAAUUUCAACAUAGUUAACAAUGAUAAUGAUAAGGCACCAAGUUUUCAAGGAAGCCACGAAGGAGAAUCAUCGCAGGGAUUGCCUUCACCUGAUUCUGUUACCAAACAACCUCAAACUUCACAAUCAGUUCAUCCAAGUAAAGGUGAAGAUCCUGAAGGCGAACACCGGAUACAAAAUGAAGCCGACGCUGCAACCAGUGCAUCCAGAGGAGAUGCAGGUAAAGAUGAUGGUAGCCAGGAUUCAGAAAAGCCAAUGAAUUCUGAAAAUGCUGCAGACCACCUGAAGGCUAAUGAAGCUAACAUUGGCUCAGGUGAAAGGGACCAUAGUAACACUAACCUUAAAGAUUGAUUCAUGACCACUAUGUUUAUGUGUACUCUUGUAGUAGUUUUUGUCCUUUUAGAUGUGAAAGCAGUUGAACCCUCUUCAAUUUUGCUUCAAGUUUGUUGUAAGUUGUAACAUAUUAAACUAAUGUUAGCUCCAAGAUAAUGAACAUUGAGAAGCAUUUGUUUCCAAUAAAAUAUUUUACAGUCUACUUUGAUUCCAA